GAGUCCCAGCACCAGGGCAGAGCAAGUUAAGACUCAACCAGGAUAGAAUGAAGGGAGGAGUAAAAAUAGAAGAGUUGGGGGUUCACAUGUCAGUGUUGAGGACUUGAGCUUGAAGGGAGGAAGCGUUAAACUUAAGACAGGGUUUUAUAGAUAGGCCCACAACUCUCCCACCUGUACAGCAGUCAGUGUGGCAGGAUUCCCUAAGGGGAGUGUGGGUACUGUAAGAGCUACUCCAGAACCAGCGCUGCCCUGCUAGACCUGUAUCUCUACCUGUUUCAUUCACACCUUUUACAGUUCCUAUAGUUGAGCGGAAGGAUGCUGGCCCACUUGCUGUCGUUUGGCCACUCUCUGGUGAGGAGGAAGAAUGUGGACUGUCUGGAGGACUCCAAGCUGUGCCGCUGCCUCUCCACCGUGGACCUCAUCGCCCUUGGGGUGGGCAGCACGCUGGGGGCUGGGGUCUACGUCCUCGCUGGGGAGGUGGCUAAGGGUGACUCUGGGCCCAGCAUUGUGGUGUCGUUCCUCAUAGCAGCCCUGGCUUCUGUAAUGGCAGGCCUGUGCUAUGCAGAAUUCGGAGCCCGGGUGCCAAAGACCGGCUCGGCUUACCUGUACAGUUAUGUGACUGUAGGGGAACUCCUGGCCUUCAUCACUGGAUGGAACCUCAUCCUCUCGUAUGUCAUAGGUACUUCCAGUGUUGCCAGAGCUUGGAGUGGAACAUUUGACGAACUCAUUGGAGGCCACAUAGAGACGUUCUGCACAAAGUACUUCAGAAUGAGCUUGCCUGGCCUGGCAGAAUACCCAGAUUUCUUUGCAGUUUGUCUUAUCUUACUGCUUUCAGGUCUUCUUUCCUUUGGGGUGAAAGAGUCAGCAUGGGUCAACAAGAUCUUCACAGCUGUAAAUGUCCUUGUGCUGAUGUUCGUCAUCAUCUCUGGGUUCGUCAAAGGAGAUUCUUACAACUGGAACAUCUCUGAAGAAUCCCUUAUAAACGUUACUAUUGUAACAAGGAAUUUGUCCUACACUGAAAAUGUCACCAGUGAUUACGGUGCUGGAGGAUUUCUGCCUUAUGGCUUUGGAGGAACCCUAGCUGGUGCAGCUACUUGCUUCUAUGCUUUUGUAGGAUUUGACUGCAUUGCAACAACAGGAGAGGAGGUGAAAAAUCCACAGAGGGCAAUCCCCAUCGGUAUAGUGUCCUCCCUGCUGAUAUGCUUCUUGGCUUACUUCGGCGUGUCUGCUGCCCUCACUCUCAUGAUGCCUUACUAUCUCCUGGAUGAGAAGAGUCCACUGCCUAUGGCUUUUGAAUACGUUGGCUGGGGACCUGCUAAAUACGUGGUGGCAGUGGGCUCACUGUGUGCACUAUCAACCAGUCUGCUGGGCUCCAUAUUCCCAAUGCCACGUGUAAUCUAUGCUAUGGCAGAUGAUGGGGUGCUUUUCAAAGUGUUAGCCCGAAUCAAUCCUAAGACGAAGACCCCAGUUAUUGCCACAAUGACCUCCGGUGUAGUUGCAGCUAUCAUGGCUUGUAUUUUUGACCUGAAAGCCCUGGUGGAUAUGAUGUCUAUUGGAACCCUGCUGGCGUACUCUCUAGUAGCUGCUUGUGUUCUUAUUCUCAGGUAUCGUCCGGACUCAGUGCUGGAGGGCAGCAGGAUGAAUAAAGAUGGAGAGGAGGUGAGGGAGUCGGAGCUGACCGAGUCUGAGUCUCAUCUGAACAGUCUGAAGGAUGGAGAGAUGACCCUGCAGACAAUCCUCCACCCGUCAAAACAGCCCACCACAGCCUCCUCCACCGCCGUCAACAUGGCCGUCGGAGUUAUUGUUAUUACAGUGUGUGUGAUCAGUGCUAUCACUACACAUUACGGACUGGCCAUCCUCGCCAUGGUGCCCUGGGUGCUUGGAACUCUCGCAGCAUCUUUUGUUGUGUUUUUUGUUUGCAUCAUCCUGAUCUGCAGACAGCCCCAGACCAGCAAGAAGGUGUCCUUCAUGGUUCCUCUAUUACCCUAUCUGCCCAUUCUCAGUAUAUUCGUCAAUGUUUACCUCAUGCUGCAGCUGAGUGGAGACACGUGGAUCCGCUUCUCUGUCUGGAUGGCUGUCGGUUUCCUCAUUUAUUUUGGAUAUGGGAUUUGGCACAGCAGUGAGCACCAGCGACAGAGACAGGCUUCUAAAGUACCAGAGAAAAAGACGAUGCAGGAAAAGGAAGAAGUGGUGGAAAAAUUCCUCCAUCCAGAGAAGACGAGUCAGUUUUAGUGAUCUGAGAAUCUUCUCUUCAGACUGUUUCUCCUCUGAGCCACAGAGCUUUUAACCCCCUCACCAGCUGAGCGUCCAGACCUGCCCUGGACCCUCAACCCAAACGACAGGGUUGGGUUACAGCAGAUGAAUGUUUCAUCAAUUUUCUUACUUCUCUCUCUCUCUCUCUCUCUCUCUCUCUCUCUCUCUCUCUCUCACUUACUCUCUCUCUCACUCUCUCUGUCCUGAGAUUGAUAUUAAUAUGAAUGCUUUGAUGAGAGUGUGAAUGGUGUGUAUGAAUGUAGUGUGUAUGAACUGUAGUGUAUAUGAGUGUAUUUGUCAGACAGCACUGUGUAUUUUAAUCCAGAUUGAGGAGAAGUGGUGUGUUGAGUGUUGAGUUUUACACAGUAACUUACUAACUGUUACCUCCAGCUUUAUCAGUGUUCAUGCUCCACAGCUUGAAUAGAAAUACUCCAGUAUUAUAUUAAUGUAAUGUCUAUCUGCUGCAUUUAUAGCACACCAUUUGGGGCCUGUAUGGGUGGACCAAUUGUAAACCAGACAGUUCUAUGUUGGCCCAGUAGUGGGACCAGUAGAGGUUAAACAUGGGCCCUAUCUGGGUGGCACACUGAUAUGGAGUCUAGAGAUGGGACCCAUGGAAUAAUUUGGGCCUAUUUGUGAAAUCCAACUCAGCAGGAGCCAAUUCCACCUGAAACCCAUGUGAUCCCCACAUUUGCAUAUUGACUCGGGUCUUUAAGGGCGUUUUCACACCUGAAAGUCUGGAUCCUGAAGGUCCAAGAGCACCAAGGUUCUUGUCUUUGUUACAUAAACAGUAUAUACAGUAUUUGAUCUGGAUAGUUUUGGUUUCACACUGCAGUUUGGUAAGCGGACUUAGGAGCUUUACUACACGCUGUCAUCAUCAUCAGCUACGUGGGCAGAGUUUCUCUAUAUUUUAUAUUAAUAACUGGUUUGUAGAAUGUUAAUUAUGUUAGAUUUCAGUGAGUUGCUUUGUUUUUUCAGGUGUUGUACUUAACUGUAGCUUUCUGUCAGAAUUUGAUUCCCCUUCACGUACACACCUUCACCCUGCAGCAGAAUGAGUGUAAAGUAUUCUCCUCAGAUUUCUUUUAUUCCUGUUUAUAAAUAAGGGUUAAUCUACUGAUAUAGUGAAUAAAUCAAUUCUCAGUAUAAUGGAAUACGGAUUAGAGCACAACAACAGCUAAUUUUCCUCUAAUUUGUUUAAAGAUUGACUCAACUUUCUGUAACUGGUCUAAAAGUUCAAACUAUCUAGAAGUGCUUUUACACUGCAGAUAAACCAGACCAUGGUCUGAAUAAACUCUCAUGCCCCAUUUCACACCUGCUACUUAGGUCCGAACCCUAAAACUGAAAAGUCUGAAAGUUUGGAUUAAACUAGUCAGGUGUGAAAACACACUUAAAAUAUUCAGACGUCUGUGAAAAAUAUUUCACACUUCUACUCUGUGAUAAAACUCUUGCAUCCAGGCUGCAAUUGAAAAAACAAACAAACAAGAGGACCAGUGAGUUUUUUGGCUUUCUCGGUCACAUGACAUCCUGUUCAGUAGCUCCUCCAUUUCCUCUCGCUGUUGUGUUAACGUGGAUCGCCGUGGAAAUAUGCACCCAAAGUGUAAUUGCAGUGCGUGGCAGUGGACAAAUAGUUAUUUUGUUAAACGCGAGGAGACGAAACUCAGAGAUGUCAGUCCGGACAGGACUAAAAUUACUGAAGGACCACAGAGUUCCUUGAAAAACAGUACGAAAUCAGCCUGUCAUUUUUUCAAAGGACACCCCCCCCCCCGUAAAAGAGAAAAUUACCCCAGGACCCCCUGAGAAACUAAUCCCAUCCGGAAUGGGCUUUAAUGUUUUUUUCUUAAGGUGUAGAAAAACAUAAACAUAAUGUUUAAAAGCUGUGAACUGUGGUAAUGCAGCAAAUGUGUCAGAUAGAGAUUGGCUCAUGGAGUAAUUAAUAAUAAUAUUCUAGUAUUAUGAUCUCUCUUUUUACUUAUAUUUCCCAUUCACUUACAAACAAAGUCUGACUUACUUUCACUGUUAAAAAUCUACUGACCGUGACCAGUAUUCCUAGUAUUUCUACUGAAAAUAUAUUUUCUAUAACUAUUAUUUUUUUGCUAUGAUUUUUUGUUCUUUUUGAAAACAAAAAACGUUUUAAAUUCCCUGCAGCAGACUUAUAAUAAGGCCCACUUUAUAUUGUGUGUCUGUAAUAACUGAAUAGUAACACAUUUUAUAUACAUGUCUCUCCUCUUUCUGUCUUCCUUAUUCCUCUUUCCUUCUUGUCACACUACAAAAUAUAUGUAGUGGAUAUGUCUUGUUUAUUAUUAAUGUGUAAUUACAAAGUUAUUACAGACACUUAUAACUAACUUAUAAAGUGGGAUCACAGUUUCCUUUACUGUCACUUUAUAGACAGCAUAGUGAUGAUGUGUUUAUACUAUGAUACAGAGUUUAUGUCAUUUGUGCCAAAUUGGCUUAUUGUAGAAUUUGAAUAUAUUGUAGCUGUUAUGCACAAAUCUUGUAUCUCCAUUUUUUUUUUCUUCAAUUUUAAAGUUUUGACUUUUUUAAAUAUAAAUUUCAAGAUAAAUGGACCAAUUGAAAUACUCUAUAAUGACUUUUGGAAGUUAAAAAGUUAGGACAUUUUGUGGAGAUACAAGGUUUUGAUCCAAUAGCAACAAUAUGCACCUCUGUUUUAGUAGUCUGCCUCUUAAUCCUACAUUCCUUGCUCUGACUGUGUUAUAGAACUUGUUUUUAUUAAGUUUUAUUAAGAGCAGUCAGGGAAUUAUGAAUUAAGUAUUAUAUGUGUUAGUAUUUGUAAUUAAAUGUUCUAUUAAUAGGCUUUUAUUUCUUAGUUGUUUUAGAGAUAUAAAACUUCUAUACAUGUGUAAAUAUUUCAGAACAAGAAUGCAAAGGCUAUUAGACACGUCAGCAGCAUUGCAUUGGUAUUAAAGCAUUCGCUUUAUGGGAGUUUGUAAAAUGUUGUAAUGCAUGUUUUCUUCUGGACAGAUGGCUUUUUACUGAAGUGCUUUCAUCCUUACAGACUCCAAAUGUGUCUUACUGCUUCUGAUACUGGUCAUACAGUGUGAUCUAAUCAUUCAUUUUGGUUUUAUUGUUGUGGCUGAUUGGUAUACCUUAAGGCCUUACCGCUUUCCUGGUACUUCAGUUUGGCAAAACCUGAGAAAUCCAGUGAUCUUAGUGCAUUUCUAUUUGCAGCAAAGGAGCUUGUUCUCAUUCAGAAGUUUCUACUCACAAAUAAUGAUUUUGUAUCAUUUGUAAACCUGAUAAACGUGUCUGAAGUCUUCUUUUGUACAGUGCCUUUAAAUAAAAAUAGUCUUAAUAACCAGACAACACAUCACAGAGUGAUUGUAGACAAUUCAGUUCGAUUUUUCAUCUUUUUUCUAUUCAUAUUUGAACACUGUUGUCAAUAAAUGUGCUUUUCAUUA